AUGAAGUUUCUCUUUCAAAAGCUUCUUUCUCAAUUGCUUCUAGCCAUUCUUUGGUCUUUUGCCACUGCUAUCAUUUCUCAACAUUAUGUUAGUGCUGUGAGUCUACCAAACAAUGAAACUGUCCCAGCAGUAAUUGUGUUUGGAGACUCUAUAGUGGAUUCAGGUAACAACAACCACAUCAGCACUAUAGUUAAAUGCAAUUUCCUACCAUAUGGUAAAGAUUUUCCAGGAGGAAAUAACCCAACUGGUAGAUUCAGCAAUGGCUUACUCCCAUCAGACAUCAUCGGUGCAAAAUUUGGAGUCAAGAAGCUUUUACCAGCUUAUCUUGAUCCAAAACUACAACUUCAAGAUCUCCUCACAGGUGUAAGUUUUGCCUCUGGUGGUGCUGGCUAUGAUCCUCUUACUUCUAAACUAGCUUCUGUGCUAUCAUUAUCAGAUCAAUUGGACAAGUUCAAUGAAUACAAAAACAAAAUAAAGGAAGCAGUUGGAGAAAACAGAACUGCAACAAUAAUAUCAAAAAGCAUAUAUAUUGUGUGCAUGGGAAGUAAUGACAUUGCCAAUACUUAUUCAACUUUACCAUUUAGGCGACCACACUACGAUGUUCCAUCAUACACUGAUUUAUUGGCUUCACAAGCCUCAAACUUCUUGCAGGAACUUUAUGGGCUAGGAGCUAGAAGAAUUGGAGUAAUUGGCUUGCCAGUAUUAGGGUGCGUGCCCUCACAGAGAACACUUCGUGGAGGCAUACGUAGAGCAUGCUCAGAUUUUGAAAAUCAAGCUGCAAUCCUCUUCAACAGCAAACUCUCAUCUCAAAUGGAUGCUCUUAAAAAUAAGUUUCCGGAGACUAGACUUGUCUAUCUCGAUAUUUACAACCCAUUGCUGAAUAUGAUUCAAAAUCCCGCUAAAUAUGGUUUUGAAGUAAUAGACAAAGGAUGCUGUGGCACAGGAAAUAUAGAAGCAGGCAUACUGUGCAACAAUUACACCCCACACAUUUGUUCAAACUCCUCAAACUACAUAUUCUGGGACAGUUUCCAUCCAACGGAAGAGGCUUAUAAAGUGAUUUGUUCUCUGGUGCUUGAUAGCAAAAUCAAGGACUUCUUCUGA